AUGGUCAGGACGGCCAGUGCAGCUGAGGCUUCGCAGCUUCUGCACCAGAUGCGCGACCAGGUCCUCGAGCCGGACCACGUCGCCGUGGGAUCGGCUGUCGCUGCCUGCGUCGCUGGUGGUGAGUGGGAGGAGGCCGUCAAGCUCCUGUCGGAAGUGGAACUUUGGAAGCUUCCGGCAAAGUCUGUGGGACCCGUGGCCUACAACGCUGCCAUCGGCGCAUGCGGCUAUGCCCACUCCGCGGAGAGCGCUCUCCAGCUGCUCGAGCGAAUGGAUCGACAGAAGAUCCCUCGCACGACCCGCACCUUCGGCGCUGCCAUCGGCGCGUGCGGUCGCGGCCACGCCUGGCCAGCAGCUCUGAGAUUGCUUGAAGAGAUGCGAGACUCUCGCUGGCCCGAAGUACCAGGCGCCGACGCCGUUGCCCAUGCCGGCACCAUCUCCGCAUGCGCAAAGGCCGUUGCAUGGCGCCAUGCGCUGGUGCUGAUCAGGACUGCGGAGGAGUGGCUGCACGAACCCAUGUCUCCUGCCGCCUACACCGUUGCAAUCGCAGCCUGUGAUCGGGCUGGUCUCUGGGAGCAGGCUCUGGCGGUUUUCGCAGACAUGCAGCAACAGCAGGCGGAGAUCGGCACGACUGCGCUGAACGCCCUUCUGAGCGCCUGCGGGCGUUCCAGCGAAUGGCAGCAGGCCGUUGAAGCGUGGAAUUCUCCGAUGUUCGACAACCUCGCAGACCGGGUCAGUUCUGGACUGCUCAUACGAGCGCUCGAGCGAGCAGGACAGUGGAGCCUCGCACUGGAGACGUUCCGGGAGCUUGGAGCCAUGCGGGUGGAGCUAGGGACGGCCGCCUUCAACGCAGCCAUUUCUUCGUGCGCCCUUGGGCGCCGCUGGCAAUUUACCUUGGAACUGCUUCAGCAGAUGCCCUCUGUCCGCGUGCCGAUGACGCGCAGCACCCGAAAUGCGGCGUUGCGUGCUUUCGACGGCCCUGAGCUCAUCCCGGCGGCCGCUGGGGCUCUUCGACUGCUGAGGGCCGGGCUCGGCGCGGCGCAAACAGAGGAAUGGCAUCGCCAGACCUUGCCGCGCCACUUGGAGCUGACCGAGCAUGCCCUGGACCAAGCGGCCUCUCAGCUAGAACUACGGCUCACGAACCCGGAAGGCGUAAAUGAGGCCAGCGCGGCCUCAGCCUCGCAAGGCGACAAAGACUUCGCCGAAAGAGCCGAGCGCGCGCCCGCGGAAGCGCAGGCGCUGCCUCUCGAACUCCUUUCCAGUAUUGGGCCGGAUCUGGCUUCAGCGACAAUUGGAAGCCUCAGGCGCGAACUCCGUGCCGUGACGGCUGCAAGUCUUGGAGCGGCAGAUGCGGACGUCUUCGUUCACCUGGUGGGUUCGCGACUCUACGGC